UACUUAAUAAUGUGAAAUCCAACUUCCUGUUAGACCCUCGACAUCAGUGGUUGUUUAAGGCUAUAAAUACUUGACACUCUGGCUGCUAAUAUCAUUGCUGCAAACCACUCGCAUCUCUACAUACUUGUCAGUUUGGUGAUAACUCACGUGUAAAAGGACCAUGGGGAAUAAGCUGUUGUUCCUGCUGCUGGUGACUGUUAUGUGUCUUACCCGCGGUGUUGUUGGUGUGGAUGAUGAUGGCGAUCAUGUGGGAUGGCGCCAUGAUAUAGAUUUUGACGCCAACGAACAAGGAGGUCACGCAGGGCUGGACCUUUAUAGAAGGUGGCUCAGCGGCUACAGAGCAAACGUCGGAGGCACGGCACAUACUAACGGGUACUGGGAAAGGAGAUUAGGAAUAGGUAGGGAUACGCCUAACGGACUGAGCUGGAAUGUGGGCAGCACCACGAAUAGCAGGGGCUAUUCCAGGUACGAGGGCGACCUGAGUAGGACGUAUGACAAUGGGCGGUUCGGCAUCCACGGACAUGUGGACUCUUAUGGCGGUGUUGGUAUCCGUGGAUCGUGGUCACAUAGGUGGCGACGAUCUGUCAAGGAUCAGAGGUUCAACGUGACGCUAAUGGCUGAUCCCUGUGAUUUCGACUUCUACGAUCACGACAAAGAUGGCGGCAUAUCUAAGAAAGAGAUGGCGGCCAUAUUCGGGGACGAGGCGGGCGCUGAAAGGCUAUUUGAUGCUUUGGACAGAGAGUCGGUUGAUGGGGUGAUCGUUAGGGAGGAAUUCGCGUUUGCUCCGAAGGUCAUCAACAACUGCUUCCAGGACAGUGAAGAAGAGUAGAACGCAACGACUUACUCUCACAGAUUGACAGUUUUCACUUUUAUUUUAUGUGUUGUCUUGGAUUCAGCUGACUCUGUCAUCAAUACUUUCAAUUUAGUCAUGUAAGAUAACUCACUAAUGAACAUACCUCAAUUGUUUGGAAAAACUGCCAAAACAUUCAUUUUUCUUAAAGCGAUCUGAUCUUUUGUCAGCAUUCUUUUAUCACUGAUUUCCAGACAUUAACGAAAAAAUCACUCUCAGACAAAAAAUAAAAAAAAAAUGUCAAAAAGGUCUAUCUGUGAGAGUGCAGCUGUAAGAACCGUAGUCGACGUGUUCCUAAAAUACAGCCAUUCAUAGCUUCACAAGUGUAUAUGCUAGUAUAUAAGAAUGACACUUUUCGUAUUAACACACUUUUCAGAAUUAUUAUAUAUUUAAAAGACAUAUGUCCAUGUAUUGUUUCAGAAAUGAAUUAAAUGGAGAGAAAAAUGAAAUCCUUAGAUAAACGCUGGAUUUUUAGUUUAAAAAAGUGAACAAGCAGUUUUGUUUUCCUUUAUUUUAUUGUAUGCCAUUCAAUUUUCAGUAUGACCAUAAUUAUAACUUGGAUUUUCUGAAUAAAAAUGAAGCUAU